AUGCCUGGCUCUGGUCAGCACCGCUCACCUGGUCUAGAUCCAGGCUCGACUCCAUCGACAGUUCUAUCCUCGCAAAGCGCAGCGGCUGCAACUGAGCAAGGGAAUCAGGGCUACAACUUUUACACGCACCCGUCCCGCAUCUCGAUCCUCGACGACAACGGCGACCUGACUAUCGAUCCAACCGCCUUUCUCCUCUGCUCGUCCGGGCAGCCGACUCCGACUAUGGAUAGCCCGGGUGCAGCCAACACCUCCGCAUGGCGCGGCACCACUGACUUCGCGUCUUCUUCAAGAGCAUUUGAAUUCUUCACCAAUGACCAUCCCGACGACAUGUCCGAUGACGGCGAGUAUCGCUUCUUUACCCCCUCAUAUCUCAAGUCCUCGACAUAUAUGCACAAGCUUCAAGAGGCACACAGAUCACGCAUACACUCGAGGCAGGAGCAAAAGCGAAAUGGCGCCGUCUCAUCUAGCAAUGGUUUCUCCUCCGAUCUGUUGCCCAGAGGCUCCCACCGCGGCCUCUCGCACACGGUUAUUGAACGUGGUAUCGUAUCCGACGACCGCGACGGACUUGCUUCGCUGCCUAUGCGAUUGAACAAGAGCGACAUGAGUGGUGGCCUCGAAAUUCUAUCCGACGGGCUCGGAGUCAAGUACCUUGAGAUCAAGGGCCAGCUUGACCGCGAAAACGAUGCAUACGGUGUCCGCGCCGACCAUCACAUCCCCAUGCAGUGUGGCCUAUAUUAUUUCGAGGUCCAGAUCGUGCAUACACUACCCAACGAGACCUUCAUUUGCAUUGGCUUUUCCACCAAGGCAGCGUCCACGGCCAGACCCGUAGGCUGGGAGCCCGAAUCCUGGGGCUAUCAUGCCGACGACGGCCGAUGCUUUGCCGGGCAAAAUGUCGGGCGCCCGUUUGCGUCUGGAUACUCUGCCGGUGACGUAGUUGGCUGUGGUAUUAAUUUCCGUAACAGAACGGCCUUUUAUACCAAGAACGGCGUCAACUUGGGUACUGCUUUUCACGAUAUCAACAAGGGUAGACUUUAUCCCUCUGUCAGCCUGAAGAGGGCCGGCGAGCAAGUCCUGUUCAACUUUGGCCAGACACCCUUCGUAUACCGCAUAGAUGACACGAUGAAAGAACUCCGAGAAGAUGUUCAAGUAGAUAUUCAGUCGACCGAUACGUCGAAACUCGAGCCCGGCCUCGGCGAGACGGAAUUCAUCCAAGCGCUGGUUAUGCAAUUCCUCCAACAUGACGGCUAUAUUGAAUCGGCACGCGCGUUUGCCAAAGAUUUAAAGACUCAAAAGGAAGCGUUGAGCUCGGACACUGAACCGACAUCCAGCGGCAUAAACAUUCACGACGACGAAGAUGCCAACAACCGACAACGGAUCCGGCGAGCAAUCCUAGAAGGCGAUGUCGAUCGAGCGCUAAAAUUCACAAAUGCAUACUACCCGCACGUUUUGCGAGAGCACGAACCCGUAUACUUUAAACUGCGCUGUCGAAAGUUCAUUGAAAUGGUUCGCAAGGCAGCCCAACUCAACAUGGCAGCAGAGGCUGGGGAAAAUGGCAAUACUAACGAUAUGGACAUUGACGCCAACGGAGAUGGCUACGAAUGGGAUGAUGCACCAGAAGCACCAAACGAGAGCGUGGUGCUGGACCUGGAGAGAGACAUGUUGGAGUACGGCCAGGCUUUGCAAGCUGAAUAUGCCGAAGAUUCCCGCAAGGAAGUGGGCACAGCGCUGGACGAAAUUUGGUCUUUGAUUGCCUACCGCAACCCCCUAAAGGAACCCCAAGUUAGUCAUUUGCUGGCGCGCAAGGGCCGAGUCGCGGUGGCAGAAGAGCUAAACGCUGCUAUUCUUUCUUCCCUGGGCAAGUCGUCACGGGCGGCACUGGAAAUGCUGUACGCGCAGACAAGUGUGCUGUUGGAAGAAUUGCGACAAGACGGUGGCGCCGGCGCUUUUACCUCUGUCGAGGAGAUUAUUGAUGAGAUUCAGGUCGACUAUGAUGCUUAG